UUCCGUUACUCCCCAACACUGGAAACACAUGAUGUGGGGCUGUAAGAGGGAAACACAUUAAUAUUUUUCUUCUUUACCAUCAGUCCUACUGUAUGUUGUCCAGUUGCUAAAUCUUAAUGUAUUUCCUCAAAGAUCCAUUUUGCAGCUUCAGUUGGUGGUGUUUUAUUUUUUUCCUGAGUUACAGUUUAUGUGAUGUAAACAGAAAUUACUCGCUGCUCUUCUCCAUCGCUGACUGUAGUUACACAAACAGCCCCAAAGUGUCUACUUGUAAUUCUACCCAAGACCCAUAAUGCACUGGGGGGAAUGAGGGUUUCUAUGGUGACUCUGACAGUCAACAAACAUGGCUGACACAGGGAGCGCUGACCAGCACGAACGAUCAUCAUGCCACGUCCCAACAUUUUCAGCCCGACAUCCAAUGAUCCCCAAACUCUACGUGAUGCCGUGGAAGCAGGACAUGAAGAACCGGAGACUCCUGAUGAAGAACGCAGCUCUGGUGGGGAUCCCUGUGGUUCCUCUUGAGGAGUCUUUGUGUUUCUGUGGUCGAGAACGUCUCUGCCACAGCCAGGACUCCGCCUACAGAACCACCUCUUCCUCCUCCUCACCUCCGUUCAGCCAGACAGGACUGCCCGCUCAUUGCUCCUCCCACUUCUCCAGAUAUAACAGCUCUGCGGUGACGACCAGAGGGCUUUUCCAAACCUGAGUACACAUCACAGAAACACCAAUAAAGCAUGUAUAUCUGAUAUAGAAACAAA